AAUUAACCUUCGUAGGGAAAAAGAAAGGAUGAGAAUGGGGAGAGAGAGGGGAGAAGAAGAAGGCAGGAUUGAAAUUUUGGAAUCAGCAAAGUGAAGAAUGGACGAGAUACUCCCUGGGAUCAUGAACUUUCCAUCAAUUUCUAAACCCACGAACCAGCAGCAGAAGAUUCUCCUUCUCAAUCAAGACGCCCCCAAUUCAUAACCCUUCUAAUUUCAUUCAAUCAAAUCCUCACCGGCGACCAAUGUCUUCUCCUUCCAUGGAGGCGCCUGCCCAACAGAUCCCUCUCUUACCCUCCCGUCCUCCCUCUAACUCUGACGCCUCCACUUCCCCCAUCGGCCCCCUCGCUGUUCUCUUCGCUCACGCCACUGGCCGCCGUGGAACUUCUAUGGUGGUCCGGGAGACAGCGGCGCGUGAACUUGAAGAGCGCCGCAUCGAUUGGGGGUAUUCCAAGCCGGUGGUGGCUCUUGACAUUAUGUGGAAUUUGGCUUUCGUUUUCGUUUCUCUGGGUGUGCUUAUUCACUCGGCCGAUGAAAAACCUAACACGCCAAUUCGGCUUUGGAUUGUCGUUUAUGCGGCUCAAUGCUUGGUGCACGCUGUGCUUGUGUGGUUUGAAUUCAGAAGGAGGAAUGCGAGGAGGGCUAGGGAUAUGGAGAUGCAGCAUAAUGCAUAUGUAGCUAAUGAAAGCGAUGAAGAAGAUGGUACCCCCUGGAAUCUCUCCGGUGUUGCCAAAAGAUGCGAGUCAGUGAACACCCUGAUAUCGUUAAUUUGGUGGUUGUUUGGCUUUUACUGGGUCGUGGCUGGGGGUAACAUCCUAAUGCAGAAUGCUCCAUCUUUAUACUGGUUGGCUGUGGUAUUUCUGGCAUUUGAUGUGUUCUUUGCCAUCUUUUGUGUUGUUUUGGCAUGUUUGAUUGGAAUUGCUCUCUGUUGCUGCUUGCCUUGCAUUAUAGCUAUUCUUUAUGCUGUUGCAGGCCAGGAAGGUGCAACCGAUGCUGAUUUAAGUAUGCUUCCUAAGUAUAGAUAUCAAGUGUCCAAUGAGCCUUCUUCCGGGGAUGGUUUGAUGGUUCCCGUCGAAUCUAGCAGCAGAAACUUAACGACUGAGCGUGUUCUAUUACGCGAGGAUGCGGAGUGCUGUAUAUGCCUUAGUCCUUACGAGGACGGAGCCGAGCUUCAUGCUCUUCCAUGCAAUCACCAUUUUCAUUAUGCGUGUAUCACAAAAUGGCUGAAGAUGAAUGCAACAUGUCCUCUGUGCAAGUACAACAUUCUAAAAAAUUGUGAACCCGUUUAAUGCUGAAGAUGAAACGAUGCUGUGAAUUCCUGGUAUGUAUAUUAUAGAUCACGUCGUGAUCCUGCUUCAUUCUGGUUUAAACUUGUUAGCCUUUUCUUGUUUCCCCUUCUUUGUGUUCAUACUGCCUGAUCUCUGCUGUGCUUAUUCUGUCUGAGACUACUUUGAUCUGUAGCAGCAAUUAUGAAUAUCUUUGUGGUCAAUGUGUUCAGUUUAUAUUUCAUUAAUCUAUUUCAA